AUGCCUUUUAAGCUUAAAGCCAUAUCCAAUUUCGAUGUGACAAAAGAUGAACGCGAUGGGAAGGUUCGCGAUGUAUGUGAUCAUGCUGUUUGGAGCCUUUCUUCAUGUAAACCAGGUCAUGGUAUCGACCAAUUGCUGAGUGAAUCUACUGAUACAUUUUGGCAAUCAGAUGGCCCACAACCACAUUGUGUUAAUAUCCAGUUUCCCCGAAAAAUGGUUCUUUCAAAAUUAUGUUUAUACACUGAUUACAAAGUUGAUGAAAGUUAUACACCUAGUAGGUUGGCCAUACGAGUUGGGAAUACUAUACACGAUCUUAUCGAACUUCUAGAGGUCGAACUACAGGAACCUACUGGGUGGUCAGUGAUUCCACUAAACUGGCCUGAUGGAUCUCCGUUACGGACCUUCCUUUUACAGAUUGCCAUUUCAGCUAACCAUCAGAAUGGUCGCGACACACAUCUGCGUGCCAUCCGACUUCACAGUCCUGUGGAGUGUCGUGGCUUAAACACUUUAGCGCCUUUUGUGAGUCGCGAAGGUCGUGCUUUUAUGACUAUUCGUCAAGGUUGGGGGCUGGUAUUAUAUUUGUUGCUGUUUGGUCCGUCCUCGUAUAAAAUAAAGCGUAUCAAGAAAGAUUUGAAAUUCGAAAACUCAAGGAAAUGUUCAUUAAAAUCGCUAUUAAGUAGCACGCUUGAUGCUGAUUUAUUGUUCCAUAGACAUGAACAAAUGCUAAAUAUUAUAAAUGGAGAGAACGUAAAUAUUGAAGAACUUAAAAGAUUGUCCAUUGAUGGUUGUCCAGAUUCUAAUGGGAUCCGUUCAAAAUUUCUUUUAAAUUAUCUUCCCUAUAAUGUUGACAAACGACAAGAACGGAUUACUUUUAACAGAAGGCAAUAUGAAGGUUAUAUAAAAGAAUUCGUAUUUGAGUCUUGUAUGGCAGAUGCGAUGCCUGCUGAUCAUCCAUUAAAUUUGGAACCAGAUGGAAAUUGGAUCGCGUUUUUUCGCGAUAAUGAAAUUUUACUUCAGAUUAAUAAAGACUGUCAGAGACUAUGUCCAGAUUUCGAUUUUUUUCGUCGUCCCACAGAGUAUUCUAGUCUGUCAUUAUUUGGAAAGGAAGUACCUGUUGGGGUAUUACGGAGAAGAGGGGAAACCUCUGCACUUCAGUCCCGUUCAUUGAAUAAAAAUCUUGCUGGUGUUACAAAUAUGAUUCAUCUGUCUACUUACUCUCCUUUCCAACCAAACCAUCGGUUAUCUUCUGGUUUAGUAACACAAUCACAAAUAAGUAAGAUGAACCGUAAUAGCGAUUGGAAUUCGACCUCACCGCAUGAGGAACCUCAUUGGGAAGUGAUUGAAAGAAUUCUAUAUGUAUAUUACAAAACUCAUGUGUCUCAGGGUUAUGUUCAAGGAAUGAAUGAAAUUAUUGCACCGAUAUACUAUGUUUUCGCCACUGACCCCGAUGAAUCCUGGAGAAAAUAUGCAGAAAUGGACACAUUUUAUUGCUUCAAUAACCUUAUGACUGAAAUUCAUCCUAAUUUUUUACGAAAGUUAGAUGGUAGUCAUGAAGCUGGUCUGGGUGGGCAAAUGAAAAUUUUAUCGGACUUAUUAUCUAAAUUCGACAGUAAUCUGUCUAAACACUUAAAAAAAAUAGAACUUGUUCCGGAACAUUUUGCAUUUCGAUGGUUAAGUUUAUUGUUGGCACGAGAAUUCAUGCUUCCAGAUGUACUCCUAUUAUGGGAUACACUUUUCUCAGAUCCACACAGGUUCAACUUACUUCCAUAUGUUUGCUGUUCAAUGUUAAUUGGUAUUCGUGAUCAACUAUUGAAAGCUGAUUUUCCUACGGCUGUUCAGCUUGUUCAAAAUUAUCCAUCAAAUGUCGAUGUAAUGCGUAUUCUUUUGAAAGCCAGAGCAUUCUAUACAGAUCGCCAGAUUUGA